AUGAUGUUCACUCCCAUCCUGGCACUCACAUUUGCCGCCAUCACACCAAUCGUCAAUGCCUAUCCCAUCACCGGCGACGUCGUCAACUGCCGCUCCGGCCCAGGAACCUCUUACUCUGUAGUCAAGAGCUACAAGAAGGGAGCGGAUGUUGCAAUCACCUGCCAGGCCGCCGGCACCACCAUCAAGGGCAAUGAAAUCUGGGACAAGACCUCCGACGACUGCUAUAUUUCCGACUACUAUAUCCGGACCGGGAGCAGCAGCUAUGUCACCAAGAAAUGUGAUGGAAGCAGUGGAGGCGGCAGCAGCGGUGGCAGCAGUGGAAACCUGCCCGGUCUCACAUCCACUCAGUCCAAGCAUGCAAAGGCCAUCAUCGGAGAAGCAAAGAAAGAAGAUCUGGGUCGUCAGGGCUGUCUUGCUGGAAUUGCAACCGGUCUUGUUGAGUCUAAUAUGCUUAUUUACGCCAACAAGAAAGUCCCCGCUUCCCUCAAGUACCCGCAUGAUGCUGUGGGCUCGGACUACGACAGCGUGGGCAUCUUCCAGCAACGCGCUGUUUACUACCCCAACAUCGCUGCCGAUAUGGAUGCUGCGAAGUCGGCGGCUCAGUUCUUUAAGGGCAUGAAGAAUAUCAGUGGCUGGAAGACUAUGGAGGUUGGCAAGCUUUGCCAGAAGGUGCAGGGCUCGGCGUAUCCGACUCGCUAUGCGGAACGUGUUGCUGAGGCUAAGAAGAUUUGUGCUGCUGGUGGCUUGUAG